AUGCCGGCGGCCAACAUGCUGGAGAACCUGCAGCCGCCCGCCCUGCAGGUGCCCGAGCCGCAGGGCGCGCCCGAGGGCAGCCCGCUCUGGUCCAGCUCGUCGACCCCCACGCUCCGCCGCCGGCGCUUCAAGAUGCGCCGCAUGAAGAACGUGCAGGAGCAGACCCUGGAGGCCGGGCUGGCCCGGGAUCUGCCCGGCGUCUUGGCCCCCGGCAAGGAGUUCCUGCAGCUGCCGUCCAUCGAGAUCACGCCCUCCAGCGACGAGGACACCCCGUGGUCCAACUGCUCCACACCCAGCGCUUCCCCGCGCCGAAAGCGCUUCCUCCUCCGCAAGUGGCUCAGGGUGAGGGAGCGGAAGGAGUGCAGUGAAAGCAGCAGCCAGCAGAGUAGCCAGCAGAGCAGCCACGACGAUGAUUCCAGCAGGUUCCUGAGUCCUCGAGCGCGGGAAGAAAGCACUGCCAGUAACUCAAACCGCAGCACGCCGGCCUGCUCCCCCAUCCUCCGGAAACGGUCUCGCUCGCCAACCCCGCAGAGCCCGGACGGAGACACCAUGGUGGAGAAGGGCUCAGACCACUCCUCGGACAAGUCCCCGUCCACGCCGGAGCAGGGCGUCCAGCGCAGCUGCUCCUCGCAGUCCGGCCGGAGUGGCGGCAAAAAUUCCAAGAAAAGCCAGAGUUGGUAUAAUGUAUUAAGCCCAACUUACAAGCAGAGAAAUGAAGACUUCAGAAAGCUCUUUAAGCAACUUCCAGACACGGAGCGCCUCAUUGUUGAUUACUCAUGUGCACUCCAAAGAGACAUUCUUCUUCAGGGCCGACUCUACCUCUCUGAAAAUUGGAUCUGCUUCUACAGCAACAUCUUCCGCUGGGAAACUCUGCUGACUGUCCGUUUGAAAGACAUCUGCUCCAUGACUAAAGAAAAAACAGCUCGCCUCAUUCCCAAUGCCAUCCAAGUUUGCACUGACUCAGAAAAGCACUUUUUCACUUCAUUUGGAGCCCGGGAUAGGACGUACAUGAUGAUGUUCCGGCUCUGGCAGAAUGCACUCCUCGAAAAGCCCCUCUGUCCCAAGGAGCUCUGGCACUUUGUUCACCAGUGCUAUGGGAAUGAAUUGGGCCUUACCAGUGACGACGAGGACUACGUGCCCCCCGAUGACGACUUCAACACUAUGGGCUACUGUGAGGAGAUCCCCGUGGAAGAGAAUGAAGUGAAUGACAUCCCUAACUGCCGCACCUACGGAGGCUGGGUCUCCACAGAGCUGCGCUAUCGAAAACAGCCCUGGGGGUUAGUGAAGACCUUCAUCGAGAAGAACUUCUGGAGUGGGCUGGAGGACUACUUCCGCCACCUGGAGAGCGAGCUGACCAAAACGGAGAGCACCUACCUGGCUGAGAUGCACAGACAGUCUCCCAAAGAGAAGGCCAGCAAGCCCCCAACGGUACGGAGGAGGAAGCGCCCCCAUGCUCACCUGCGGGUGCCUCACCUGGAAGAGGUGAUGAGCCCCGUCACCACACCCACUGAUGAAGAUGUGGGCCACAGGAUCAAACACGUGGCAGGUUCCACGCAGACACGGCAUGUCCCCGAGGACACCCCUAACGGCUUCCACCUGCAGAGUGUGUCCAAGCUGCUGCUGGUUAUCAGCUGUGUGAUCUGUUUCAGUCUGGUGCUGCUGGUCAUCCUUAACAUGAUGCUCUUCUAUAAACUCUGGAUGUUGGAAUACACCACCCAGACCCUCACUGCCUGGCAGGGUCUGAGGCUCCAAGAAAGGUUACCCCAGUCUCAGACAGAAUGGGCCCAGCUCUUGGAGUCCCAACAAAAGUACCACGACACUGAGCUCCAAAAAUGGAGGGAGAUCAUCAAAUCCUCAGUGAUGCUUCUUGACCAGGUGAGAUACUCUCUCAUCAAUCUUCAGAGGCAUCAGGUCCCAGCGACUACAUCAGGAAGUGAAGAGAAGAGGAACCGCUAUCACUGGCCAGGAAGCAUCCAGGGCGGGAGCCCAAUCAAAGGUCUGCCACCUGAGGCCACGCCCCUUUCUGUGGACGCCACGCCCCCAGCCCGGUUGGGGGCUGGAGGGCUGGGAAAGCUGUGCCUGCGUGAUUGGGCUUUGUAG